AUGGAAAAGCUGACGCCCACGCCCACCAUAAAAAUGGUUAGAAUCUUGUAUUCUGAUCCAGACGCCACUGAGUCAUCCUCGGAUGAAGAAGUCGAUACAACCCAGAAAAAGGGAAAAAAGAAAAAAACCCUUGAAAUUGUUCUUCAUGCGGUGAAUAAGAGUUCUGGUUCUGCCUCCGAGGUUUCUUCUGAAAAGAAGCUCGUGGGCUCGGAGAAAUCCCCGUUGCCGGCUGUGAGGAAGAAAUUCGUGGGGGUGCGGAGGAGAAAAUCGGGGAAAUACGCUUCUGAAAUCAGGGAUCCCAUCAUCAAAAAACGGGUUUGGCUGGGCACUUUCGCGACUCCUGAGCAGGCUUCCAGGGCGUAUCUUGCCAAGAAGAAAGAGAUUGAUGAGAAGCUGAAAGGGAAACAAGGGUUUGAUACGGUUCCGACUGAAAAACCAUCUGACAAAGAUUCCCCAUUUUCAGUUCUCGAAAAUGAAACCUCGGAUUUGACCAAUGAGACGAGCCAGGCCGAUGCUGUGAAAGAUCAGGAAGGUCUCGGUGAAAACAAGGUUUCAGAAAAUCAAGAAGCCAAAUUUGGGUUCCUGAAUGGUGUGCAAGUAGUUGACAACAAUGGUUUCUUGGUUGGUGAGUUCAGCAAAAUCGAUGAUCUCAGCCUCCCCUCAACGGAAGAUGGGGUUUUCUGCCCGGACAUGAGUUUUGGUGCUAAGUGA